AUGGCAUCGCUACCAGAUACGUGUAAAAGAAUUAUCGCUGUGGUAGGCGGAUCAGGCAACAUCGGCAGGCAUGUUGUCGCCGCCAUAAAUGAAAGCACCGAGUUCCGGCCCCGAGUCACAUCCCGAGACCCCACCUCGGGGAAAGCCCGUGAGCUUGCCGACAGUGGCAUUGAAGUCGUCAAGGCCGAUUCGUGGAAUCCUCAAGAGCUUGAUGCUGCGUUCAAGGGAUGCUGGGGUCUAUUUGUCAACACCAACUCGGAUGACUUUAACUUUAAGAACGAGAUCGGACCGCCAGAGUCGGAGCAGGGCCGCAUAAUCAUUGACGCUGCUAUUCGUCAGGGUGUCGAGCAUUUCGUUUUUCAGAAUUUGCCACCCGCCUCCAAGCUCACCAACGGCGAGGUCCCUAUCCUCUCUUUUGACAACAAGCAAGUCAUAUCUGAGUACGCAAGGACCGCUGGCUUCAAGACUACCACCGAUGUCAACUUGGGCUGGGUCAUGGAGGUCUUCUGGCUAUCUACCUACAUUGAUGCCUUCGGCGGGCUCGCACGGAGAAAGGACGAAGAAGGCUUUCUAUCUCUCAAGGUUCCUCUCAUGGGCAACGACCCAGAGGUGGUGCCCUGGACUGCCGUAGAACAUGACUAUGGCGAUGCUGUUCUUGGUGUCUUUGUCGAUCCCGAGCCCUGGAAUGGCAAGACGGUCUGGGCUGUUUCUCACCCUUGUGGCUUUAAGGAAGUUGUUGACUCCUACAACAGGGUCAGCGGUACCAAGCUUGCCCGCCGGGUAGUUCCUGAAGGUACUCUCAAGACCAAGACCCCAGGAAAGACGAAGGAGGUCAAUGGCCUUUUCGGCUUUUGUCACUAUGUGAAGGGUAAUUUUUGCGGAGGAAAGCCUGUAGACUUAACAGAUAUGAAAACACUUAAGGCUAUUGGCGCAAAGGCCCGAGGCCGCCAUGGCAAGGAUGCAGAGCUACAGUCGAUUGAGGAAUUUUGGGCAAUGACUAUUCCCCGGAACCAGGACCUUCAAGAGUCUCAAACAAAACUAUAA